AGUUGCUGAAAUGGAGUCAGAGGUGUGGGAGGCAAGCAACUUCUCAGAAGGCCACAGCCUAGUUCUGGAUUCAGACCUGUAUGAUGCGGACGGCUGUGAUGUCCCAGACCCCGGGCUGCUCACGGAAAAUAACGAGUUGACUUUCACGGAGCCGCCGCAGGUGCUGCCAUUUGUGACCAGCAGCCGGCGGCGGCCAAGCCUGACUCCACGCCCCCGUGCCCGCCAGCUGUGGCUGCUCUUGCGCAGCAGCCUCCACGAGGUUGUGGAAAAGGAGAAGAGAGCCGAGCUGCGCGUGGCGCGUUUGACACAUGGGCUGGAGCCACUGCGCCGCCUGGAGGUGGCAGCCGGGCUCCGCUCCGUGGCGCAGGACCCUGAAGGCGGACGCUUUGUAGUGCUGGACGGCGCGGGCCGCCUGCACCUGCACAAGGAAGAUGGCUGGGCACAGGAGACGCUGCCGGCGCCCAUCGGGCUUACAGGGCUGGUGACGGUGCUGGGCCCGUUGGGCUCCGUGGGCCGUUUUGUAGGUUGGGGCCCCGCAGGGCUGGCCAUUCUGAGACCCAACUUCAGCCUGCUGUGGCUGAGCGAGCAGGGGGUGGGCAGGGCGCGGGGUUGGGCGCCCUCCUGCUGUCUGCCAGUGCCUGACCUCAGGCUGCUGCUUGUGGCGGAGAUGGACAGCAGCCUGGCGCUCUGGCAGUUCCGCUCAGGUGGUCGCCGCUUGGUGCUGCGAGGGGCACCACUGCAUCCGCCCCUGAGCCCAACUGCCAGGCUCAUGCGUCUGGCUGUGGGGCCGACUCCUCCCCACAACGUUCUGCGCUGCUUCGCGGCCUAUGGCUCGGCCAUACUCACUUUCGAUCUGCAUGCCUGGGCUCUUGUAGAUGUGCGCCGGGAUUUGCACAAAACCACCAUCUCGGACCUGGCUUACUGCGAGGAGGUAUUGGCAAUGGUGACAGCUUCGCGGGACAGCACCGUGAAGGUGUGGGAAGCUGACUGGCAGAUCCGGAUGGUGUUCGUGGGCCACGCAGGCCCGGUGACGGCUGUGGCUGUGCUUCUGAACACGACCCUGGUGUUGUCGGCCUCGGAGGAUGGAACGCUGCGCACCUGGGACUUGCAGGCGGCGGCGCAGGUGGGCGAGGUAGCGCUGGGCUACUGGGGCCAGGACAAGCUGUCCCGGCACGUGAGCCGUCUGCUGGCCCCAGUGCGCCCUGGCUGGCCAGUGCUGUCUCUGUGCGCCAGCAGCGUGCAGCUGUGGCACGUGCGAGAGCUCUAUUCGCUGUUAGCUCAACUGCCCGCCAAGGUGCUCCACUUGCAGGUGGCGCCCGCGCUGUCGGCACCCGCACAGCCAUCGCUGCCUACGCGCAUAGUGUGCGCCUGCACCGACGGCUCGGUCUACCUCCUGUCGGCUGCCACCGGACACAUAGUAAGCGCACUGCUGCUGGAACCGGAGGACUGUGCGGCCGCCGUGGCCUAUUGCCUGCCGCGUGAGGUGCUGUGGCUGCUGACCAAGGCCGGGCACCUGGUCCGCGCCAACGCGGCACGCUGCCCCAUGUCUGUGCUCCACCGCUUGUGCCCGCCGCCGCCCCCUGCGCCGCAGCCUUGCUGUCUGCACCUGUACAGCCACCUCAGGGACCUCGGAGGCGCCUUCUCCUCCUGGGAGGUUGUGCGCCAGCACCUGAAGGAUUUGCGCCACAGCGCUGUGGCUGCCGCCUGGAAGAAUAAGAACCGGUAUCUGCCCGUGGUGGGGCACACGGACGGCACACUGUCGGUGCUGGAGUGGCUCUCAUUGAAGACUUUCUUCCAAACGGAGGCGCACAGCCCGGGCCCCGUCACCGCCAUCGCAUCUACGUGGAACAGCAUCGUGUCCUCGGGUGGGGACCUGACGGUAAAGAUGUGGCGCGUUUUUCCCUACGCGGAGGAGAGCCUGAGCCUGCUGCGCACCUUCUCCUGCUGCUACCCAGCCGUGGCGCUCUGUGCGCUAGGCAGACGCAUCACCGUGGGCUUCGAGGACCCAGACAGCGCUACCUACGGCCUGGUGCAGUUCGGCCUGGGUGACAGCCUGCGAUUAGACCACCGACCCCAGGACGACCCCACGGACCACAUCACCGGCCUGUGCUGCUGCCCAAGGCUCAAGCUGUAUGCGUGCUCCAGCCUGGACUGCACCGUUCGCAUCUGGACCGCUGAGAACAGCCUCCUGCGGCUCUUGCAGCUGAAUGGUGCUCCUCAGGCCCUGGCUUUCCGCAGCAGCAAUGGAGACCUGGUACUGGCACUGGGCUCCCGCCUCUGCCUGGUGUCCCAUAGGCUCUACCUGCCUACAUCCUACCUGAUUGAGAAGAUGUGCUGGAAGGCCCCGGACGUAGUGGACGACCCUCCCCUGCCACUAACGAGCCAGGAGUCACUGACCUCCACCCAGCUGCAAAGGCUCACCAACCUCUAUGGAUCAGCCAGUCUCAGUGAGACCUUGUCUCUCAUCCAUCGUUGGAAGGCAACAUCUCUGCGCCCGGUGCUGAAGGAGGACUUGGAUGACCUAGUGGCCCGGGACCAAGACCUUCAGCAGUUGAGACUGGGGCUGGUGGUCCCAGCAGCCCGGCCCCCACCCUCCUGGCAGCAGUGCCAGGAAGCCUUUGACAAUUACCUACGUCUGAUCUACGGCUCUGGCCUGCUGGGCAUGCAGUUCAGAAGGGAGUCCCAGCAGUGGAGCACCGGGACCCUCACAGUGGAGAGAGAGACCUGGGAUAUGUGUGCCCUACCCCAAGCUGCCCCCUGUCUUGGGCAGGCUGAGGUCAGCACUGCAGUCCAAACAGUGCCAACAGCCCUGUCCCCACAGGACCUGAGGGCCCUGUGCCAGCACUUCUCCCGGCCUCCCCAAGUCACAGUGCCUAUCCUACCCACCCACCAGAGGGUGCACAGCAAGGCAUCCCAGCUUCUGGCCCACUCCUCACUCAACCACUACUUGGGCCUCAGUCUGGAGCUGCAGCUGCAAGUGGAGUGGCUCCAAGGGAGGACGACCAUGGCCCUGGACCUGCCAUCCUCUCACGUGCAGUGCAGGAUCCCACUGUUGCCAAAGAGACGUCCCCAGGAAUCGCUCUCUAACCUCAGGGGCUUCUUUCCUGCCACCGUGCAGCCCCACAAGUACUACCCGAGGCCCAUCUGCUUCCCCGGCUGCGUGCCCAACUCUGUGGUGCUGCAGCAGAUGUGGCUGCCUGCGGAGGUCAGCGGCCUCAGAUCCCUGACUCAGCUCGCCUCCCAGAGAAAGCUCAAGUCAGGAGCAAGCCAGGAUGACCUGUGGCUGUGGCGCCCCAGGCCGUCCCAAGCCCAGUGGCAGAGGAAGCUGCUCCAGUGGCUGGGGGAUAAGCCUAGGGAGGAGGAGGAGAAAGAGGAGGAAGAGGAGGAGAAGGAGGAGCUGGACUGGGCCUUGGAUUCCCUGAGCCUGCACUCCAACCAGCAGCUGAAUUCCUGGGAACUAGAGGAUCAGAGCUCUGUGCACUGGACCCUGGAGCCCCGGUGGCGCACCUGUGAGGCUGCCAGAACCCACCUUCAUCCCUGGCACCAUCAUGGGCAUGUGCUCUUCGAUGAGCAUUAUGGGCAUCUGCCCAAAUUUCUGCGUUUCUUCAUCUACCAGACCUGGUUCAAAAAGUUAUUCCCCAUCUUCAGCCUGCAGGUGUAUCCGGAGGCGGGCACAGUGGAGGGCCUGGCCUCGAUGUUGGUGGCCCUGCUGAAGGAGACCAUGUGGGUGGACCGUGUACACAUCCUCCAGGUGCUCCUGAGACUGCUGCCCGACAUGAGCAGCGAUCUCCACGGCCAGCUGCAGGGCCUGCUCAUACACUUGCUCAACCUGGACCAGCCCCCCAGCCUCCAGGACCAGACGCAGAAGACGUUCGUGAUGCUGGCGCUGCAACUGCUCCUGGCCUGCUCCCUGGAGUCCCAGGACGUGGUGCUGGAGCUCAUGUCCUACUUCCUCUACUCCCCGGUGCACUGCCGGCCAGAGCUCAAGAAGCUGCUGCAUGGGCUGGGCCUUCAGGACCCGGAAGGCUUCCUGUUCGAGGAGAUGAUGACCUGGGCCCAGGACCCCAGCCUGGACUCCAAGGCCGCCCUGCGCACUCGCUGCUGCCAGAAACUGGAGGACAUGAUCCAGCAGCUUCAGGAGACCCCAUCGCAGGCUUCAGUGGUCUCUGGGGCACCCAGGCGUGCUUCUGUGACACCCUUGGGCACCUCCUGGUCACCCUCAAGCAUCUCCAGGAGGCUCUCAGAGGUCUCAGAGGUGCCCUUGGUGGUGGUUUCACCUGUGGAGCUGCACUCGUUAGCCCCAGAGCUCCAGGCCAAUCGGACGCUGGCAUCGGUGCACAGCUGGGGGACCCGCCGCAUGCUCUCGGAGAUGCUGCAGAGCUUCUGCCCAAAGUCCAAGGCAUACCUGCGCCCUGCUGGACCUGCUGAGCUGCCUGGAGAGCCACUGCCUCUGGAGGAGACUGACUGGUCGCACUCGCAGCUGCUGGACUUGGGUGCCAUUGAUGCGCUCAACUACUUCUGCGAGCAACUGCGGGUGCAGCCGUGGAGUGCCAUCCGGAAAGAGGCAGCACACUUGUACCCGCCAGGGCUGGACUCAGUGGUGGCGGCACCCAAUACGGUGGUGGUGGUGCCUGACACGGUGGUGCCACCACCCCAGGAGCACUGGUACCACCCUAUCCUCCGGCUGCAGGAAGCCAAGGAGCAGAGGUCUGCGAGGUCCACUAUAGGACUGAGGGGCCCGAUGCCAUCCCGGCUCUGUGCCAGCCGCACCCUGGACGGCCCCAUCCGGAUGCUGAAGCUGCCACUGCCGCGUGUGGAGCUGCAGCCUUUUUCCCCUGACUGGCCCACGCCUGCCCGCCCGCUGCCCCCGAGGCUCCUGCAGCCUGCCCUGCAGCGCUACUUUCUGCCAGAAAAUGCAGACCCUGACACCUACAGCUGACCAGGCUGGUGGCCUCAGCCCACCUGGCUCUGGGGCCUGCCAUUGGCAUUUGGCCAAGACCUGUGUCUGGAAUAAAGCCCAGAGUCUUCUG